AUGAAUUGAUAGGGCUUCUCAGUUGUGUGUACUCUGUGGCAGUGGGGAGCAGUGCGCAUUGUUCUUUAUAGCUUCACACAGUCGCGCAUGAUGAAGAGGCAGCAGAGUUCCUCAACGUAGGUAGCGGGCGUAUAAAGCCCGACCAGCAAAAACAGCUUUAAACCGGUUUGUUCUCCGGCAAAUAAACCAUAUAAAACGGAUACUAUGAGCGUAGAGCUUCUGGCACCCGGGUCUGCUCACAUCUCAGAUAUAGCCUUGCGGAAGCUCGGCAUCUGAUGUCUGUUAAUGAAAAAAUAUAUAUAUUUAGAUUCUAUACAAAUAGUUAUUAUAGGGAGACCAUCCUUCAUGGCAACUCCCUGUAGGCGAACGCGCACUUAUCCUGCAGUUGCCUUUUGUUGUGCAUGUGGCUGUUGUUGAUGUUAAGGUAAGCACUGGAAAGCGUGGGCCUCUAAAAGUUCAGUGUUUUGUACCAGAACUGAGGGGAGAUAGACAAAAGGCAGGUUCAAGUAGAAGGUAGGCAGUCCAGAUGCCAAACUCCCCGCCUUCAAGGUGUGGUCUUUGUGAUGGCACAACAUGGUCAGAGCAGGAUGAGAAGGUUGCACUCUGUUUUAAACAGAUGACCUCCCUGGUAGACCAGACAAGAGCAGCAUCAACAUCAAGACGAACCCUCCCUGUUGACAGCAUGAGUCUUCCGAGCUCAAAGAAUGUGCUGGAUGGAGGUUGGGGAUGGGUCAUUGUUGUGGCCUGCUUCGUGGCCCAGUUCCUGGCCUACGGCUCCCCCCAGUCCGUGGGCGUCCUGUACCCGGAGUGGCUCCACGCCUUCCAGGAGGGGAAAGGCAUGACAGCCUGGGUUGGCUCCCUGGUCUCUGGAGUGGGACUCAUAGCCAGUCCGGUCUGCAGUGCCUGUGUGGAUAACUUUGGGGCGCGCCCUGUGACCAUCUUCAGUGGGGUCAUGGUGGCAGGGGGCCUGAUGCUCAGUGCCUUCGCCCCUAACGUCCAGUUCCUCAUCUUCUCUUACGGGAUCGUCGUCGGUCUUGGCUGCGGUCUUGUCUAUGCUGCCACAUUGACCAUCACCUGUCAGUACUUUGACAAGAGACGUGGCCUCGCCCUCGGCAUAGUCACCACAGGCACAAGUGUGGGAGGGUUCCUCUAUGCCACAGCUCAGAAUGAACUGAUUCUUCUCUUUGAUCUGGAUGGCUGCCUGCUGAUCAUCGGGGCCUUGGCCCUCAACCUCAUGGCCUGUGCUGGCUUCAUGAGGCCUCUGAACAUGCCUGCCUACUACCUCAAACAAAAGGCUGCUCUGGAGCGCACAGAGGAGCAGCUCUUUGAGAACCCGCCUGCUGACGACUUCAAGACUACACCAGGCACCGGCGAGAGAACCUUGACGGUCAAGGGUCUCCUGAUCAUCAUUGACGCCAAAGACAUCACCAUCACCACAACUAGUAAAAAAGGGGGCUUCAUGGCAGGUUCAGCCAUUGUGAAAAUUAUCAAGGAGAAGCGUCAGGCCUACUCAAAGUACAUGCACUCCACAGCUGACUUCCUGCAAGACAGAAACUUCAUGGCCCUCUGCAUCGCCAUCUUCCUGUUUAGCCUGGGAGCCUUCCCUCCAGUCCUCUUCAUGGAGGACGUGGCCAUGAGUGAGGGCCUCAUCGACGAGGUCAGCAUCAUCCCCCUGGUCUCCAUUGUAGCAGUCACUGCCGGCAUGGGCAAGCUGACCCUGGGCAUACUAGCAGACGUGAGGUGGAUCAACAGUCUGUUCCUGUACGCCUUCACCCUGCUGGGGACUGGGGCGGCCCUUCUCCUCAUCCCUAUCUCCAAGAGCUAUGUAGGCCUGCAGAUCCUCUCAGCUGUGGUGGGCUUCUUCUCUGGGAACUGGUCCCUAACAUCAUACAUCACCACCAAGAUCGUGGGGCUGGACAAACUGACCCAGGCCCAUGGGAUCCUCAUGUUCUUCGGUGGAUUCGGGAUCGUGCUCGGGCCCCCUGUUGUUGGGUGUUUUUUUGACUGGACCCAGUCCUAUGACCUGGCCUUUUACUUCAGUGGAGGCUCUGUGCUCCUGGGUGGGGUCACACUCUUUCUCUGUGCUCUGCCCCAUUGGGACAAAAAGAAGGCUGAUAUCGACAGGUUCGACAUUCAGUACACCAGCAACUGUGACAAAGUUGCCUCUGUAGCCUGAACACCAACUUUCACAUCAACCUUGCUCUCCAGUGUUCCCAGGAAUCUUUGCUGAUAAAUGUUAUACCCUUCAAGAGGUUGUUGAGAAGUAUUCCUAGUGCCAGAUUUCACAUACCUGAGAAGAGUAUUGAAGAAGAUUAGGCCUUUUCUAUACAUCUUUAGUGUUUUUAAGACUUCUUGCAUUAUACUACAGAAUUUUGAAAGAUCCCUAUGUUGAACAUUUUAAUUACGGUCUCAUUUUAAGAGGCCUAUUCAACAAAAUGUUUUUUAAACAAAUGAAUACAAUAGAUUAUGUUUACUUAGAAUGAAUGCUGUUUUUUUUACAUUUCCGGAUCUUCACUGGGCUCAAAUGGAAAAUACUUGUGUACUUUGCCUGUGUGAAUUUACCAGGUAUUUCCUCUAGGGAAAAAUACAGGGUUUGGGGAAAAAAACAAGGGAAUGUACUCUUUAAAAAAAAAAAUUCUAGCCGAACAAACUGUUUGUUUCUAUCUUACCAAAGCACCAGGAUGGUGGAUGCCUGUCAACACGUUAUGCCUGAUGAAUACAAGCCUUGCUUUUAAAGGAUAGAUAGAUCUUGAUUUUAAAUUCAUUGGCAUUGUACUGUAUUUUACUUGUACUGUCCAAACGUGUUUGUUUGAGUUCGGGAGGUACUGAACACCUCAUUUUGUCUUGACCUGACUAAGAACUUGCUGAAGAAUAUGCUGUGCAAAUACCAGAGACUGUACUGGAAAAAAGCCCAGUUCCUCUAAUGCAUGCUGGUUCUGUGUGGCAUGACCGGUUUCCUGCAUUUGUUCAGCAGAUUGGUUAAAGGCUUGUUUUUCUGUCUUUGUUUUUUGUUUUUUAACAGCACUAUAUUUUGUAGUUAUGAUUUUAUAUUUUUAAGGAAUUGAAUGAUUGUGAUUCCUGCUUUGUUAGUCACUUGAACAUCUGAUUAUUGUAUGUAAACAGCACCACAAUAUAUAAUAAUAUUGUUUUAUUCUCAGUCAAGCGUCUUUGUAGAAGUAUUUACAGGGUAUAAAAUACAAAAUAUCUGUGAUCCAAAAAGGCUAGAAACAGUAGAGCUGUCACUUUUUAUAUGAUGUUGGACCACUUUCUUAUUAUUUUUUUAAUGUCAGUGUUACAGAUUUAUGUUUGCAAUAUUUCUCUUCUAUUUUGUUAUUUUCAACAAAAGUGCCAAUAAAAUGAAAUUCAAUAUUGUGA